CUCGCGACGCCAAAGUUGACUAAUGACGAUACGACUCAACAGUGAUUCAAGCGAUUGCGGGAAUACGACAGUGUACCUUAUAUUCACGAAGACUGUAAGACUAUCUUACAGUCUUCAUGUUUUCUUUAUAAUAUUGCGUGCACAGUUUAUGAAAUUUUUAUCAAAGGAUUCAGUUACGUGAACGGAAGGAAGACCGACCGCACAUCAUCACGGGAACUAGGUGGGUGAGUCAACGAUACUCCGUUGAGCGUAGGGGAAGCGAAGGGGCGGCGAAGGUGGGGGGAGACGACGCCCGAGUGCAGCAAGUGGUAGGAACUGAAGUGACUGGAUCUUGUCUUGGACACUGAGGGAAGCAAUAUUUGUUUAUAUUCAUCGGAAUUCUUUUUCAUUCAUAUGUAAUUCGUCAGUCCCACGCAAUUACAGGUGCAGCUUUUAAUUUAAUGUUAAGGGCGUUUAUCAACAAGAAAAUGACGCGUCCAACGGUGUUAUUUGUGUGUGUCCUGGCGUUUCUCCGUCAAGUUUCUUCUCAACGAACUCCAACAAUAUCAUAUAUUUCACAAGAACAAAUCAAAGAUAUUGGUGGAACUGUGGAACUAGAUUGUUCAGUUCAGUAUGCUCAGGAUUAUCCUGUUUUAUGGAUGAAAAUUGAUCGUACAAGAAUGGUUGACCCACUACCGAUAUCUACUGGCAGUUCUCUCAUUAUUCGAGAUAGUCGAUUCUCUUUACGAUAUGACACUGCUAGUAGUACUUACACAUUACAGGUAAAAGAUAUUCAAGAAACUGAUGCAGGGUAUUACCAAUGUCAAGUUAUUCUGGCCUUGAAUAAUAAAAUUUCGGCCGAAGUUGAGUUGCAAGUUCGUAGGCCGCCCAUUAUUUCAGAUAAUUCUACUCGAUCAUUGGUUGUCAGUGAAGGUCAAUCAGUGAGACUAGAAUGCUACGCAGGUGGUUACCCUCCCCCAAGAGUUUCAUGGCGUCGUGAAAAUAAUGCUAUCCUGCCAACAGGUGGAUCAAUUUACAGGGGUAAUAUUUUGAAGAUUCCUUCAGUAAGCAAAAAAGAUCGUGGAACUUACUAUUGUGUGGCGGAGAAUGGCGUAGGCCGCGGUGCAAGAAGAAACAUUGCUGUGGAAGUGGAAUUUUCUCCAAUCAUAACUGUACCUAGACCUCGCCUUGGCCAAGCACUGCAGUAUGACAUGGAUUUGGAAUGUCAUGUAGAAGCCUAUCCUCCCCCUGCGAUAGUGUGGCGUAAAGAUGGUGUACAGUUAUCCAACAACCAACAUUACAGCAUUUCACACUUUGCCACAGCUGAUGAGUUUACCGAUACCACAAUUCGAGUAAUCACAAUUGAGAAGCGCCAAUACGGCAGAUACGUUUGCAGCGCUGCUAAUAAAUUGGGAACAGCCGUUGCAGAGGUGGAACUGUUUGAAUCUAUAAUUCCUGUUUGUCCUCCGGCCUGCGGUACUGGUAGCUAUGGUGGUGCAGCGCAGAUUACAACUAGCAUGGCUCUCGUUCUCAUCUCAGCCUUGAUAAUUUUCCUGCAUCGAAAUUUCAACUCCAAACGUUAAUUACCCUGGCUUAAUUACUACGAAUACUGGUACACAGUAUUCAGGCAUCAGUGGGCUUGUGAUUGUUUUAAGUGGAGCUUUAUUGUUCUCAAGUAGGUCAGUGUUGUUGUGCAGUCAGUACAAUAUUUGACUGCACAUUUUUGAAAUUUUAAAAAUUUGGUAAAUGUUUCUCUGUAUGAAUUUCAGAGUGUGGUGUUAUGAAAUAUCAUUCUUAUUCAUAAUUCUCACUUUAAUCAUUGUCAUAUUUUAAUCAUUCAUCAUUUACUCAAGAAUUGGAUGGAAAUUGUUGUAAUUUCAUCACAUUGAUCAAUCAAUUUCUUGAUCAAAAAUAUAUCUGUAUUAAUGUAGGCUGAGUAUUCUAGUGUUCACAGUUCUUAAAUGGUUUAUACUCAUAUAAAUUAGAAAAAAAUAGUCACAUUCCAUUUCAUGCACAGAUCUGAUACAUUUUAGUAACAGAUACAUAGUGCAUCACAAUAUAAUUGCACAUUUUUUAUAUUUCAAAGUGAAUAUUUUUGUUACCAAGGCUUUUUUAGUAAAUCUUUUAGUGAUAUCAACUAAUGAUAAUUCCAAUAUAAUAACAUUAAUAAGUUGUUAUUCAUUCAUACUAUUGAAUGAAUUAUAUUUGUAGUUUUAUUGAUAUAUUCCAUUGAUUAUAAUGGAACAUGAUAUUUUUAAUGAAUGGAUUUUUUAAAUUUCUUUUAUAAAGCAAAGUAGUACAUUUAAAUACAGCUAUAGAUUUGUUUACUGCACCAUUUGCUAAAUGAUCAUGGUGUUAUUUCCAUAGCUUUAAAUUACUGCCUUACAAUCUUUAAGCAAUUAAUGUAAUUAACAUGCUCUGUAAUAUCUUGUACACAAAAACAUGUUCAUCAUGGUCCUAAAAAUAAGAAAGUUCAGUUUUAUAAUUCUUUGACUUUUUGUAAGUUACUUGUUUUUCAUCUUCAAUGACUCAUGUUCGUGAAAUUUUUGUAAACCAUAUAAUGCAUUCCAAUCCCCUAGUGUAUUUAUAGCGAUGUGAAAUCUGAUUUAUUGCUCAUGAAAGAAAGAUAUUUUAUUUUAGUUAUAAUUCUGCAUAUUAAUUGUUCCAACAGUUUAUCCGUCCAACUGAUAUAGAAGGAUACCAAAUUUGGAAUUUAGUGUUAUGAAUCUCAUUUACUUGUACUUUGAAGGUUUAAAUAUCAUUUCCUCAAAUAAUUCUAGUAUAUUUUAAAUAGAUUUUAAUGCUUUGGCAAAGACAUAUUUUUAGUGAAUGGAUUAACAAAUAAAGAAAAUAACAUUACUUAAUUUCUAGAGUUUGAUUAUAGUGUUACAAAGCAUGAUUAACUACAAAUUUCUCUAUAUAAGUCUGAAUUGUGUGUAUUGUGUAACAAAAUUGUGUUUGAAAUGGAUGUUUCCAUCUCAGGACUGAUAAUUCAAGAUUUUCAUUGUUACUCUUAGCAAAGAUCUGAAUGGAAAUUUAAAAACAAACAUAUCCUAGAGAUUUUUAACUUUUAUUUCUUAAUUAAUAUAAUGUUCUAGUAAUGUGCCCUGAUUUUAUGAACGUUGGUUUAUAAUUAGCAGAAUGGCUGCAUCGUAUAGCAGUUAACUAUAGCAAAUUUUUACACAAAAAGAAUUUAUUAUUUUAAAGUAAGAAUGAAUAAAAUUCUCUUAUUUUAAUUAGCUAUGGAUCAGGAGUGCACACUAAUUGUGUCAAUAUAUAUGUAGAUAUACAUGUGUAUGUUUGUAACUCUUGCACUUUCACAGUCUAAGUAGUAAUUGAUUGUAAAGCAAACUGUUGACCUAAUGUUCUAAUAGUUAUUUGUUUUCCUGAAUACAGUAAUUGUGUGUUUCAGUAUAUUUGAUAAUCUGAUAUUUAGCUAUAAUUUCAGGUUUUCAUAUUUUUGUAGAAGUGGAUGAAAAGAUUUGAUAGAGAAGAAUUUCAAUUAAAUUAAAUGGCAUGUAUAACAUUAUUAUGAGGAUUCAAAUUGUAAGACACCAAAUACAAGAGUAACCAUCAUGCAGUGAAAUAAGAGAUUUUAUGUUUUACCCUGAUAAUUUUAAGAAGCUUUAUGGAACUUAUUUCCACACGUUUGGCCUGUGUUGUAAGAGUUCCACAGUCAUAAAGAAUUUCGUUGUUGUCAGAUACAAUGAUAUAAUGCUUAUUAACAAUAUUAUUAAAAUUUAAUUUAUUAGUUAUUGACCUUGCUUUUUGUGGGCAGAAGUGUGUAAUGGGCAUAUGAGCAGUCUUUAUUAUCUCGUGUACAUCAACUUGGUAUUCAGGCUAUUUUAUAAAAAUUUCAAAUCUUGAAGUAUUUAUAAUGAACUUGGAUAUUAAUUUUAGAAAAGGGAAAUGGUUUUAUUCCUCUUACAGACCUAAAUAAAAUAUUACAUAUCAAUGAAAUGACUAUUUUACUUUAAUUGCUUUCAAGCAAGUUGACAGUUUGCUUUUUGAGAACUUUACGAGCCAUUCAAGAAAUGUGUGCCCAUCUCCCCUUGGAAACAACUCAUAAAAUUUAACAAACACAACCCGUCUCAUCGAAUUUUCCAUUCCAACCCUUAAAAUUUUUAAUUAAUUUGAACAUUUAUUUAUAGUUUGAUAUUAAUAAUAUAAGUAGUAAAUGAUGUUUGUUCAUUAUCAUACACACACACACGUAAAGACAAUUCAUUUGUUUUCAUCACAGACAUGGGACUUUCCCAUACAAACUUUUUUUCUUGAAUGGCCCCUUAAGCACCUUGUUGUAUUUAUUAAGUAAUGUCUUCCUUAUAAACAAUCAAGGUAUAUGCUUUUUAUGUAAGAACUUAUUGUGAAGUGUGUUAAAAAAUCACUCUAGAAGCAGAAGGUAAAUAUUUUGAAAACUUUAUGCAAUUUAGACUUUGUAUCAAACCCUUUAUUACAUUUUCUUAUUGUCUUAGAGUUUUAAGAGCAGUGUUUAGAAGGAGUGUAUCAAGACCUUUUUUUCUAAAUUGAUACUGAAUGCAUCAGUUAGGCAUUUAAAGUAUAUUGUAUCAACUUGUUAUUAUGAGGUACCUAGAAAAUAAAAUCUUGAUUAUUUUGCAUUAUUUUCACGAAGUCAUGGAAAGGCUGUAAAAACAAAAAUUAUUAAACACUGUGGUCUUAAUAUUUUUAUUUUUUAUGUCAAUUGGCAGUGUAAUAUGAUGCUAUUUUAAGCAAACAUUACAUAACUUUUUAAAAGGACAUUUCAAAUUUUGUAAAAGUUGUUGUAUAAAAACAUAUGUGGUCCAUUUAUAUUAACAUAUAUUAGUUGGGGAAGGGAAGUCGAGCCUACUCUAGACAAUUUUUAUUGAACAGAUUUUAAUACCUGUUUUUAUAUGGCUACUUUUUCACAGCUCUGAAUUUACGCUGUAGUGCAAUGUUUUAUACACUGUAUUUAAAUGCAUUUUCUUGAAUUUUUUGAAUGUACAUGUGAAGUGAUAAUAAAUUUGUAUUAUUAUUGAAUAAUAAAAUAUGUAUGUGUGGAAUUUCAGUCGAUUUUGAAUAUUGCUUUUGCAAUGGUACCAGUCUUCAGUGCAGCAAGAGCUGCUUCAUAUUGAUUCAGGCCAAAUACUUUUAUUCCCAGUUUUUCAUAUGCCAAAUACCUGUCUCCCAUGGCAUCAAUAAAUCCAAGGGAUUUAUUAAAUGAAAAUGGAUUGACAUUAAUAGCAUUAAUUGUGAGUUCCUUCUUGAAUAACAGGUAUGGUGAAACACUGAUUUUUGUUUCUGGAGAAGCUACUCCAAAAAUACAAAGUUGGCCACCUGGAUUCAAAAGAUCUAAAGCUUGCUCUAUGGCAGGGCCAAAGCCACUACAAUCAAUGAUCAAAUCUACUCCCCAUUUAGGAUUUGCAGCUUUGCGUGCCUGGAGGUCAGUGGGUUUCAUUAUUUCAUAGCCUGUAUCUGUAAAAAUAAAAUUUCUUAAAAACAACGAACUUGCUCAAGCGAGUUCGUAGGGACAAGUUUGACAAUUUUUUUAUAUAGCUCGUUAUAUUUGUAUUUAUUGUUUUACUUCUUGCAGUUAUAAAUGAAAUUAAGCAUAAAAGUUAUUUUUAGUGUUUCCUUUUGAAUGUCUGUCUUUAAUGGUAGUGUUGUAUCACAUUUUUUUUCGUGUGUAUAAACAUUGUUAUAUUUAUAUAUCUGAACUGACGUGACACAAAAAUUAUGUUGUUUGCAAAUGACUGUCAUAAUGGUCCAAUCAAUACAGUUAAAUGUCCCGUUUUAUGAUCAAAUGUGGGUACAAUAGGAGGUUAGCAUAUGCUAAAUAAUGAGUACUGGAUAAUUGUCUCAAUAAGAAUAUUUCAAACCAUCAAUGGCACUUUCUUCAUAUGAUUGAACCCUCUAUAUAACACUUGUUUUCUGUCAUCAUGCCAAUUAUCUGGCUCCUUCAACUGUUUAACAAGUGUAAUUAUUUCAAAGGAGUAAAUAAAGGCAAUCCCAUUACAAUAGUAGUCUAAUAAUGUGAAAAAUGCUUCUCAUGUUUCUUAGCGAUUGUCCUUAGGUGUUUGUGAUCUUAAAAGAUCUUGAUAUCAUUUUAGUUAAUAAUGAUGGUGAUGAUAAUGUUCUUCUGCAAUUUCCUUCCGAUUCUUUCUUUUCAACAUUUCCUGCUGUCUUAAAUUGGCAACAAGCUUUCGACGAGCCUCCUGUGGCUCGCUUACAAUCACUUUACGAUGUCCUUGCAAAUGCAGUACACAUGCCCAGAGAUUACCAAUAAUUCCUGCUCCCAUUAUAAGUAUAUCUUUUCCAAUUGGUAUUGGUU